AGUAGAAACAUGGGGCCAUGGCUGAACCAUUCAUCAGUAGGUGAAUUCAUCCUUUUGGGCAUCUUCUCACAUAGCCGAACUGAUCUUGUUCUUUUCUCUGCUGUCCUGGUGGUCUUCACAGUGGCCUUGACUGGGAAUACCCUCCUUCUCUUCCUGAUCUAUAGUGAUGCCCAGCUCCAUACUCCCAUGUACUUUUUCCUUAGCCAUCUCUCCUUUAUGGAUCUCACUCUGAUCUGUACCAUUGUGCCCAAGAUGGCUGACAAUUUCAUACAUGACAGAAAGUCCAUUUCUUUCAUUGGAUGUGGGCUUCAGAUUGGCCUCUUUGUCACUCUAGUUGGCUCUGAGGGUCUUCUACUGGGUCUUAUGGCUUAUGACCGCUAUGUGGCUAUCAACCACCCACUACGCUACCAUGUGCUCAUGAGCCAACGAGUGUGCCUUCAGAUUGUUGGUAGCUCCUGGGCCUUUGGAACCUUAGAUGGGUUGAUCCAAGUAGUGGCAGCCAUGACUUUCCCCUAUUGUGGUUCUCGAGAGGUGGAUCAUUUUUUCUGUGAGGUGCCAGCUUUGUUGAAGCUGGCUUGUGCUGACACAUCUCUCUUUGAUACCUUACUUUUUUCUUGCUGUGUUUUUAUGCUCCUCCUCCCUUUCUCCAUAAUUGUGGCUUCCUAUGCCCAAAUCCUGAGGGCUGUGAUCAGCAUGAAUUCUACCCAAGCACGUCAAAAAGCUCUGACCACCUGUUCUUCCCAUCUGGCAGCUGUCUCUCUCUUUUAUGGGGCAGCCAUGUUCAUCUACUUGAGGCCCAAGAGCUACCGUGCUCCUGGUCAUGACAAGAUAGUCUCCCUCUUCUACACAGUCCUCACACCCAUGCUCAACCCCUUGAUCUAUAGUUUGAGAAACCGUGAGGUGAUGGGGGCUUUGAGGAAGAAACUGAGCCGCUGGGUCACUGGCUGCCAGAAAUAG